GGUGACACAAACAAACCCAUCGAAUUUUGUUGGUUGAACAGAAGCUACGUAAAUGAGUCAUAUUGAUAAACUUGUUAAAAAUUAAUUGUGGAAAACAUAAAUAAAACACCUAAAAAACAAUUCGGACCAAAAAAGAUGGGCUUAUUCGGUAAAACACAUACCAAAGAUCCGAAAGAGCAGGUACAAGAAUGGACGCAUAAGAUUCGCAAAGAGGGUAAUCAGCUGGAUCGACAGAUACGCAGCAUUCAACGCGAAGAGGAGAAAGUGAAGCGUUCCUUAAAGCAAGCAGCAGCAAAAAAUGAUCGUGACACUUGCAUCAUACUCGCGAAAGAAAUUGUGCGCGCCCGCAAAGCGAUAAAUCGUAUUUACACAUCAAAGGCACACCUCAACUCCAUUCAGUUACAAAUGAAGAAUCAGUUGUCUACCCUGCGUGUCGCUGGUUCUUUACAAAAGUCCACUGAAGUAAUGCAGGCUAUGCAAAACUUGGUGCGUUAUCCCGAAUUGGCCGGUAUAAUGCGGGACAUGUCGAAGGAAAUGAUGAAGGCUGGCAUAAUUGAAGAAAUGCUGGACGAAACUAUGGAUUCGCUGGAAGAGUCUGAAGAGAUGGAGGAGGAAGCCGCCAAGGAAGUCGAUAAGGUUUUGUGGGAAAUUACGAAUGGCAAACUAGGCGAAGCGCCGCUACCACCCGAAGGUAUUGCGGCGGCGGAAAAGCAAGAAGUGCCCGCAGCCACUGUCACUGCAUCCGAAGAUGAGGCUGGUGAAGAAGAGGAAGAUUUGCAAGAAAUGCAAAGUCGCUUAGCUUCGCUGCGAUCUUAGACGACUGCUGCGCAAUGAUCCAUAAAUGAAAUAUAGCGCUGAUUUCAGCGCUGGUCAAAUCGCAAUAUUCUUUAGUGUGUUUAAGCCCGCACUGCUGCUAAAAAAAAACCCCGUUUGUUAGAGUGUUUCACCUUACACACACAUAACUUAAACCAAAUUCACACGAAAAAAAAUUUAUAUGUAAGUUUACAUAAAAAAUAACUUGCAAGUGAUUGCAUUGGCAUUUGGCGAGUCUACGUCAAAACAAUUUUCUGUAGACAAAUAUUUUGCGCACCAAGUGUACUUUCGCUGUAACUUCAGUUGGAUUCUAACAGUAAAGGCUAACUUAAAAAUUUAAGUAUUCAAUCUGAUAUUUAAUUACAUUCAUAAAUAUUUAUUGAGCUAAAUGUAUUAAAGAAAUACUAACGAUUUUGUAAAUGAAAGAGCUAAAUGCAUUCAUAAGAAAGGGAAAACUUAUUUACUUAAAUUUUACAAGUUUUAUUUGUAAGUAAAGUUCUUUCUGACUUUUCAUAUAGAUGUACAUAUAUGCAUUG